GUUGGGAGAUGAUGUUGUGGUGUUGUGGCCCAUUUGCAAUGUGUGUGUGUGUGUCUUGGCUUCGGCAUUUUGUGUUUUUGCAUGACCCUUUGAUGCUGGAGAAUGCCCAGGCUGAGUGGUACCCGGCGUGAAGUUCUUGCCAAGAUCCCUUCAAGCCCCAAAAUCCUUGGGGCCACCAAGGAUCUCUUGAAGUCCCUGGGUCGCUGGGUCCCUGAAGUCCUCGGAGUCCCUAAGGUCCCUAAGGUCCCUAAGGUCCCCAAGGUCCCUGAACCCGCCGUGCGUUGACAGGGAUGAGCGCACUCUGGGGCCUUGGCGAGACGUCUGAUGCACACGUGUGCAGGGACCCCAGGGACUCUAGGGACCCUAGGGACCUUAGGAGGGACCCUAGGGAAUGUAGGGACCCUAGGGAAUCAGGGACCCCAGAGGCCCCAGUGAUCCCAGGACCCCAGAAACCCCCGCCCUUCAGCCCCUGGCGGCCCGGUGCCGAUUUCGGCUGCUUGUUUUGCAGGCAGGCCAGUUUGGUAUCUCGCUUGGACUUUGAUGCAGCGGCAGGAUGUGGGUCAGCCAGUCUGACGGAUGGACGCUGCGAAGCCUUGCAAGGCUUGGCCCGACCGACCUUCAGGCCGCGAGUGAAAAGGAGGAGGAGCAUCCAAACCCGUGCGUUGGUGUUGCCAAAGAAGCCAGUCAAUCUUGUGUUUGCUCUGGAAACUUGGCUCGAGGGUACUCAUCAACACUGACACAACAACAGCUCGCAAUGGUUGCCCGAUGGGUCUAGUGCCAGUGCUUGAGGAAUCGCAGGCCGCUCAAGCGCUUUUCGAAUAGCCAUGGCGAUGAUGCGGACCAGGACCAAAAGCCGAGGUAUGUGCCUCUGCCUUCUCGGGAUUGCAUUGGCGCUGCUCGUGCAGCCGAGCACGGACUUUGCUCGAGGAGUUCCUGGGCUGAAGGACAGCAUGUUGGCAAAACGGCACCCGUUGCAUGCCGGAGUCGCUCGGCGCGCCGGGGCUGCGCAAGAGGACAACAGUGGCCAGGACCGGCUCGAUCUCGAGGAGGUGGUCGCAGAAGCCAAACGGGUUGUGGACAACGGCACGCUGAAAGACAUGCAAGUGGUCAUGCGAAAAGUGCAGCUGACAGAUCCAGGGAAGUGGAAUGAUUUGGCGACUAAGCCUGAGUUAAAGCAGCAGCUAAAGAAGUUUGUGGCAGAGGCAGCCCUAAAGGCCUUGGAAGAGGACCUGCUCCUGGCGCGACAGCAGCAAGCGAGCGCCCAGCGGCAGGUUGAGACUGCCCAGCGGCAGGUUGAAAGCGCUCAGCGGCAGGUUGAGAGCGCCCAGCGGCAGGUUGAGAGCGCCCAGGAGCAGGAAGCGAUGGCGGUGAGGCGUCUCGCUCGAGCUGCCACCGUCUUGGAGACGGCGGAGGACUCGGGCAAUGCGACAAAGGUGCAGGAGGCCAAGGAGGAGGUCAAGGAGGCCAAGGAGGAGGUCAAGGAGGCCAAGGAGGAGGUCAAGGAGGCCAAGGAGGAGGUGGAGAAGGCGGAGAGGAAGGUGGAGAAGGCGGAGAGGAAGGUGGAGAGGGCGAAGAAGGAGGUGCAGGCGGCGAAGGCAAGCGGCCGGACGAAGGAGUCCGAGGCAGAUGGGCAGCAGGCUGCCAUCGAGGCCAUCCUAUCGUCGAGCUGGACGGUGCGCAGGCCAGCACCGAUGAAACCUGCAUUGUUGGGGCGCACGGAGGCCAAGCGGGAACUCCUUGAAUACAUUCGCGGGGUCAUGGAUGUUGCCAAUUCAAUCCACUGGGAGCAGGGGACGCUGCCAAAGUGCAGCAUGAAGGCGACGGCCGGCGUCAAGGGAAUCGGCAAAACUCGCCUCCUGCAUGAGAUGUGCACCACUUGGCUCAACGAAACUGGGGCGAAGGUCGGACUGCACGUGGAUUUCAAUGGAGGCAGCGAAUGGGAUGCAAGCAAGGGCCCAGAAAAUGCCUUCGCACAGGUGCUCCUUCAGAGCGCCGGCAUGCGGCGGGAUGACGCUGAAUGGUGCUCGGCGGUCCUUCCAUGGAAGAAGGUGAUGCGGGCUCUGCAGCAGAAGCUGGGAUUGUCAAAGGAGCUUCUUGUGGUGGGGGUGGACGAGGUCAUGCAGCUGGAACAAAAAUGCGGCACCAAGCCGUGCUGCAAUUUCAUCUCCACCCUCAUGAACACCCAAGACGCAUCUCUUAUUUCGGGAGAGUUUCCUGUUAUUUUCAUUUGGACAGCGCUCUUCGAGAGCUACAUGAAGGAGCGAGCAAGCCAGUCUGGCCGCAAAAUUGCGACACUGAUCUCCUUGAAGGCUUUGCCACCUGAUUCCUUGGACAGGGUACCUCAGGAGAUUCGCAAUGCUUUCGAGCAAACACCUGGCAGACGACAGCUGUUGCGACAGCUCCUUGGCCAUCCGCGCUUGACGUUUGAUGCUUUACAGGAUGCGUUUUCUGUCUGUGGAGUGCCUGAAACCACCUUUGCGUUGGCCCAAUUUCGCAUGAUAAUGAUAAGCUUUGCCAAGCUUGACCAGGGCAAAUCCUUGCAGAGUGACGAGGUCAGACAGUGGUAUUCACCCAGUGCGAUCAUUGCGACUGGAGUACAGGACGACCUUGUCUCCCGCGGCUUAGUCCAGGCCGUGCAGUUUGGCAACUCUGGCCAUAAGUCAGUCUUGCACCCGCUCAUUUUGCAAAGCUGGGCUGAAAGCCACCGUGAGCCCUUGGCAAACCAGAUCAAGAAGAUGUUUGAAGAGGAUGCUGUCAUUGAGGCCGCGCAUGAGAAGAAGUUUGAGACCGUCAUGCUUCACUUCGAUGCUGCGGUGCGUUUGGCAUUGGAGCAGGAAAGCUGCACGCUGGAGCAGCUCUUCCCAGGGGCGAGCUUGAAACCGGAGAGCCUGCGAGAAGUGCUCGUGCUGUCUGGGUUGCGGCACCGACAGAACUCGGUGGUGGAGCUCGAUUCCUUUGACGACGUUGACGAGGUGAUGAGCUCCUUACAGUACGGCAGCAUCGUGGUGUCCCAGAAGCGCACUGAGAAAGGGAUCGAGUAUUUGGUGCCAUGGACAGUUCCGCGCAAAGAUCACCGACAGCUGCUUCGAAGCUUGCAGCCGACAGGGCCUGGGGAGAAGGACCCAAACGCCCAUCUAUUGAUUCUUGGCGUGCAAACCAAGUAUGUACAGGAGUUCGUGGGCAAGUGGCCCUCGGUGGAAGACAAGGCGAAAAAAGCACUGGCUGGCCUCCAAGCCAAUCCGAAGGUGCUCCAAGCCUUGCCCGUGUUCUACACCACUGAGAGCACUAAAGAGGGCCGGUCCCUUGACAAUCCCAACGUCUAUUUCAACGAGGUGGGCCUCGCGGAACUCCUCUUGGAGAGGACCGGGCCCCUUCGACUGUUCUUCGAGAAGCGUGGCAAGCCUCUGCAAAACAAGCUUGCGGGCUUUGGGUGAAACCUGAAGCUGAAGGCAAAGGCACAGACAGGGCUCCGCGUUGC